AUGUCUAAUAAUCGAUCGCUGAAAGGCUUUUUCGUCAUGACCACACAAGCACUGGCUUGGUUAUUAUUUGUAAUGAUUUUCCUCUUAUCGGGAAGAGUUAUAUAUUACUAUUACAAGGAAAAUUACUCACAUCAUUCUACAGAUGAGCCUUACAAGUGUAUCAUGUCUUGGAUGAGACCGAAUUAUAUUUCAUUGCCUUUUACGUAUUAUCAUGAUGAGGUUGGUGCAGGUCGUGGAGUAAAUAAUGCUUCUUCAACCACAAAACCACCAAUGUACACAUUGUAUCGAUAUGUGGAUGAUAUUGAUCCGAUGAGAAAUCAAAAAAUUGCUCCAAAUUCAAAAUACUAUCGAGGAAUACCUGUGUUGUUUGUGCACGGAAAUUCUGGAUCGUAUAAACAAGUUCGUGGACUUGGAAUAUCUAUUGUGGAAUUUCUGACUGGAAAGGAGAAGCAUCAACUUGACCACAAAAUAUAUUUUGAUUUAUUUCAUGGGUCGUACUUGAGAGAAAUUGUCAAUAAGAGCUCCUUGAAAGAUUUUGACAUAUUUGCAGUGGACUUUAAUGAGCAAUUGAGCGCAUUGAGUGGUGACGUUCUCAUCGAGCAGUCAAAAUAUGUGAGAGGAGUCUUAAAGUACAUCACAUCUCUGUACUCUGAGGAUCACAAACCUUCAGAAAUCAUUGCAAUUGGUCACAGUAUGGGAGGAAUUGUUCUUAAGGCUGCUGCAGCUCUCAAAUCAAAAGAUGUUCUUCCUGUACGAACCAUUUUGACUCUUAGCACUCCAUUUCAAAGACAUCCAAUACUUCUUGAUAGAGAUAGUGACCUCUUUUAUCAGCAACUUGUUCGUCUGCCGCAUUCCAAGAUUGAUAUCUUCUCUGUUGGUGGCGGAUGGCAUGAUGAGCUUAUUAGAAGUGAUCUGACAGGAAAUCCACUGCUCUACAAGAAUAAUUCCAAUUUUCACCAUGUCAUUUCCACAACGUCAGUGCCUAGCGUACACUGCUCAACAGAUCAUCAAGCAAUUACCUGGUGCAAACAAAUUGUGUUAGCAAUUUCAAAAUUUAUUAUUCACUAUGCUGCGGAAGGAGGAGCAAAUUUAUCGUCAAGCGAAAAGAAGGCAAUUUUCAACAGGUAUUUUGUGGAUGCAAACUCUAAAUUGGAUUUUUAUUCGAAUUCAAACAGGAGAUUGAAUGUGGAAAAAAUCUUAAAUAUGUCAGAUGGGAUUUCACCUGGAUCAACAGUUCUCAACGCUGGACUUUCCUUGUUGAAUUUGAGACGCAUGCUUGAAAAUGAAGAUUCUUUUACCAUAGUCUCAACCAGUGCAAGAUCUGACAUUAUUAUUUCUCUCAUUGAAGAUAAAACCAGCAAAACAGGACAAAUUUUACUGCACGAAAACAUUGACAUGUUACCCUACUUUAAAGUGGUAGGAAAAAUGAACGAUAUUGAAGACAAGACUAUUAGUAGGAGCGCCAUCAAAACGAAAAUAACCUUCCACAAAUCUCAACUCGAAAAAUUUAGCUACAUGCUCAUUGAUACCAGUCAUCCAACAUCGGUAAUUACUCAUUCCUCUCAAAAAGCUGCCACCAUUGAAGAGCCUCUCACAUUACAACAAUUACUGUUCGACUUUUUUAACAGAAGAAGAGUGCUACUUAAAAACUCUAUGAGCUAUACCUCUGUGAAUUUUCCCAAUUUACCAACACAAUUUGUCUAUCAGGUGACAUUUACUAACAAAUGCUCUAAUCCCUCCUUGGUUGACACCCUCGUCGAAAUGAAAUCACACAAUGCCAAAGAAUCAAGAAUUGAGCAAUUCCCAGCCAACUCUCCAGCAACUUUUAAAGUGAAAUUCUUUGAGAGCUCUAAAACUCCAUCGGGAUUCAAAAUUGACAUGUACAGAAUUUGUAGCAACGCAGACUAUGAAAUUGAGAUUCAACUUGACAUUCCAACCACAUUAAUCAUGUUCUUUAGAUAUCAUUACUCAACUACCAUUCUCUCUGACAUAUUCUCGCUCAUUUUAUUUACCACAGCAUACAUUGCAUGGAAUAGCUUUGAAGUUUCAUUUACACGGGCCCUGAAUACCACUCUUCUCGCACGUGGCUUUAUUAUAAUUGCAAUUCAAUUAUUGAACAUUCACAUGUAUGCGGACCCGAGAGAAAUUUCGUAUUUUUCUUUCCACGAAAGCGAACCCUUGUAUAUUGUACUUUCCCUCUUUGUAGCCUAUUUCAUGCUACAAUUGCUUAAUAUUUUAUUUAUUUUAAUUUCAUAUAUUAUUUAUUUGCCAUCUUUAAUGUUUGGAUUUUUACUGAGAAAUAAGUGGAUUAUAUUUGUAUUUUCAUUUGUGAUCUCUGUGGCAGUGACUCGAUACCUGCAUGUAGGCGUAGGAUUUGUAUUGACAUUUUUAUUCAUGCUUGGUAAUAUUGCAGUGUCAAGAAAAUAUGACAAUGCCUCUCAACAAGUGAUGAAAUACUCCUAUCUCAUGUUUCACAUCAUUCCAACACUAAUAUUUUUACCAUCUCUAGUGGUCUGGCUCAAGGAAUGGAACGAAACCAUGCAAUGGAUGAGAAAGUCCGCCACUCCUUCAAGCACGCACGAAAUUAUGUCUGUUUACAGAAAUUUAUUUGACAUUAUGGUGCAAUCGAAGCCAGAAGCCCGUUUUGCAAAUAGAGUGCAACCACUGUUGUUAGUACCUUGCAUGAUCGUUUUUGCUGCAAUAUUUGGUGCCUCCACUAUGUCAAGUUCAAACAAUUCUUUCAGAAAUUAUUUAUUAAUGGCAUUAUUGGAAAUUGCAGCAUGCAUUGGAACUUUGUAUUUCCGGUUUGGUGUCUAUGGAUAUGUGUUGGCUUGUUCUGGAGCCAUCUCUGUCUACAUUUUGAUAGUGACCUUGUUGAAGAGAGUUGUACAUUCUGAUGAACAGAAAGAAAAGACUGAAUAA